CACUUCACAGAGUUCCUGGAUGAGUUUUCACCCGAUGUCCUAGGCCAGCUCUUGAAUGAUCCCUUCUUGUCUGAGAAGCAUGAAAUAAUGGAGGUGGAACUGUCUCCGGCAUCUCCAGCACCCCUCAUCCAGGCUGAGCACAGCUACUCCCUCUGCGGGGACUCUCGCCCCCAGUCUCCCUUGACCCACAUCUCGGCUGAGGACAACUUUAAUGAAGGUGACCUGGAAAACGAGGAAUGGUGUCUGGCUACAGAGCUUAGUCCAGCAGCAAUAAAGACUGAGCCAGCGUUGUGUGAGACAUCAGGCCUUGCUCCCUCGGUCAGUCUCACUGUCACGGCCACGUCACUGGAGGAACAACCUGAGCUACAGAUGGAUGCCCUGAUGAAACCACUGAGCCAGAAAGUUCUUCCAGAGAUUAAACUGGAGCCCCAUGAAGUGGAUCAGUUCCUGAACCUCUCUUCUAAGGAAGCAGUGGAUCCCCUGCAUUUGCCUCCAACCCCUCCCAGCAGCCAUGGCAGUGACUCUGAAGGAGGGCAGAGCCCAGCUAGAUCGCUCCCCCCGUCAAGCCCAAUCCAGCUACAAGCCACAGCUAAAGUGACAUCGCGCACAGCUUCAGCGCUCUCCAAUUCCCCUCUCCUGACUGCACCACACAAAUUACAGGGGACUGGCCCACUCAUAUUGACAGAGGAGGAGAAGAGGACGCUGAUAGCAGAGGGGUACCCAAUCCCUACCAAACUGCCCCUGACAAAAGCAGAGGAGAAAGUACUGAAGAAAAUCCGCAGGAAAAUAAAGAACAAGAUCUCUGCCCAGGAAAGUAGAAGAAAAAAGAAAGAAUACAUGGACAGUCUGGAAAAAAAAGUUGAGACUUGUUCAAAUGAAAAUAGUGAGCUGCGUAAGAAGGUUGAAGUCCUGGAGAAUACCAACAGAACACUUCUGCAGCAGUUGCAGAGACUCCAAGCCGUGGUUGCUGGGAAAGUGUCCCGUUCGUGUAAGGCAGCUAGCACACAGACAGGGACCUGUCUUAUGAUGGUGGUGCUGUGCUUUGCAGUAGUUUUUGGCAGCUUCUCUCAGAGCUAUGGGCCAUAUCCUUCUGCUACAAAGAUGGUGUUGCCCAGGCAGCAUUCCUCGCCAGAGUCCUACACAGACUCCAUUGUGAGGUCAAGGAGUCUGCUAAUUUAUGAAGAGCCUCACCAACUGGAGGAGUCGUCAAGCCCGAUCUCCUUUGCAGAUCGCAAUGACAGGCAAGCAGACACCUCCAAGUACAUGGCGCUGUCCCUGGAAGCCAUGCCAGGGACACAGCAGGAUGAUAUCAUGCAGUUCACAAUAGCCAACGAGACGAGGCUGGAGAAAUCGGUGCUGCUGGGCCUGCAGCAGCACAGAGUCAACUCCGAACUAGAAGGAAAUGAAACACUGAAGAUAAUUGAAAUAGACAGAAGAGUCAAUGCCACCUCUUAAAAAUAAAAAGGCCUUUUUUUCUUGACUUCCCUCUUUCCCACAAACUUUCAACCAAAGUCCCCCUGACUUGUCAUCCUCAGUGAACCAAAGCACAAAAGAGAGGGAGUUCAACUUCUGCAUUGACUGGUGAGGCUGUGACUGCAGAUGGGAUCUCUUGUCUUUGUAACUCCCUUCCUCGCUUCACACACAGUCUCUGUCUUUGCUUUUAUUCCUUUCCUGUCUGAUACUGCAAGGGCAGGAUUGAAUUGUGAUGCAGAUGAUGCCAGCAGCGUGCCGGUGACUGGUGGGGGUGUGUGCGUGCACACACACACACAUCCUAAUUUGAGCACAAAGACAUUCUGUAGAAGAGUGGAAUAUGCAGAACCGAUGGGAGCGUGUGGGUGAUAG